UAUUUCCGCGCUCUGGCGUUCUAACCUUGAGCGCGUGUUUGUGUUUCCAGCUUUGGGUGGCUGUCUCAGCACAGGCUGUAAUCACCGAUGGCUCAGCAGCCCCUGCGUCUCUUGGCUUGUGGAGAUGUUGAAGGAAAGUUUGAUGUUUUAUUCAAUAGAGUUCGAACAAUUCAGAAGAAAAGUGGGAAUUUUGACCUGCUGUUGUGUGUAGGAAAUUUCUUUGGCUCUACCCAAGACGCUGAGUGGGAGGAUUAUAAGACUGGCAACAAGAAAGCUCCUAUUCAGACGUAUGUGCUUGGUGCCAACAACCAGGAGACAGUACAGUAUUUCCAGGAUGCUGAUGGGUGUGAAUUAGCUGAAAACAUCACUUACCUGGGUCGAAAAGGUGUCUUCACUGGAAGCUCGGGACUGCAGAUUGCCUAUCUCAGUGGGACAGAGUCCUUAGAUGAGCCAGUCCCAAGUUACAGUUUUAGUCCCACGGAUGUGUCUUCUUUGAGAACAAUGCUGUGUUCGGCAUCCCAGUUUAAGGGUGUUGAUAUCUUGCUCACGUCCCCGUGGCCCAAGUAUGUGGGGAGCUUUGGGAAUUCUUCUGGAGGAGUGGAUACCAAAAAGUGUGGCUCAGCUUUGGUCUCCAGUCUUGCCGCAAGCUUGAAACCAAGGUAUCAUUUUGCUGCUUUGGAAAAGUCGUAUUAUGAGAGACUUCCAUACCGAAACCAUGUUGUUCUACAAGAAAGUGCACAGCAUGCCACCCGCUUCAUAGCACUGGCAAAUGUUGGGAAUCUGGAAAAGAAAAAGUAUCUUUAUGCAUUCAGUAUUGUUCCCAUGAAGCUAAUGGCUGUAGCAGAACUGGUGAAGCAGCCUCCAGACGUCACUGAGAGUCCCUACCGGGAGUCUGGAAAGGUCGCAGCUGGAGGAGGACAAAUUCCUGCCCCUCAGGAAGAAUCUGCCUGUCAAUUCUUCUUCGAUUUGAAUGAAAAGCAGGGAAGGAAACGGUCAUCCACAGGCAGAGAUAACAAGCCUCCUCAGGCCAAACAGCCACGCAGGCCUCCUCAGCCUCCAGGACCUUGUUGGUUUUGCCUUGCCAGCCCUGAAGUGGAAAAGCAUUUGGUGGUCAACAUUGGCACACAUUGCUACCUCGCCCUGGCUAAAGGAGGUUUAUGUGAUGACCACGUCCUCAUCCUGCCUAUUGGGCACUACCAGUCAGUUGUUGAGCUUUCGGCAGAGGUGGUGGAAGAAGUGGAGAAGUAUAAGGCUACUCUGAAACGCUUCUUUAAGAGUCGGGGGAAGCGCUGUGUUCUUUUUGAAAGAAAUUAUAGGAGCCAUCAUCUCCAGCUUCAGGUCAUUCCUGUGCCCCUCAGCAGCUGUGUUACAGAUGACAUUAAAGAUGCCUUCAUUACCCAGGCACAGGAGCAACAGAUAGAGCUGUUGGAAAUUCCAGAGCACUCAGACAUCAAGCAGAUUUCUCAGCCAGGAGCUGCGUACUUUUAUGUUGAACUUGACACAGGAGAAAAGCUUUUCCACAGAAUUAAAAAGAAUUUUCCUUUGCAAUUUGGAAGGGAGGUACUGGCCAGUGAAGCCAUUCUCAAUGUUCCUGACAAGGCUGACUGGAGACAGUGUCAAAUCAGUAAGGAAGAGGAGGAGACCCUGGCUCGCCGCUUUCGCAAAGACUUUGAACCUUUUGACUUCACUCUGGAUGACUAGGCAAAGGGAAGAACACUUUAUGAACUUUACAGGAAAUUCUUACAUCCUCUUUUUAGAAUGAAGCUACAGAGUCUCCCAUGGGGGCUGCCUCCCUGCCUCUUUUCCAUAUUUGCCCAGGAACCUGCCUGCAGCAAGAGGCUUAGGAUGGACUUUUUUCUUUUUUCUUUUUUUUUUUAAAGAAGUCAUUCUGAGAUGCAAUUGUAUGUGAAAAGAAUGUCUGCUCCAUAUUUCUCAGAACAGCUGUGUUUGUCCACAUCUUCACAGACUUUUAACCUUUUGAGGUUGGGUGUGGUUGCUCAUGCCUUCUAAUAAUCUCAGAAAUUAAGGAGUUGUGGCAAAAGAAUUGUUGUGAACUAAGGCUAGUUUGGCCUACAUAGUUCCAAGCCAGUCUGGGCUAUCGUGUGAGACACGUCCUAGCCUCCCCACCCCCUCCCAGAAAAGCAAAAAUAACCUUCCCCAAAUCUUAUAAGUGAUAAAAAGGAAUGCUUUUUUAAGGUUAACAAAUGUCUUCUGUUGCUUAUCACCCCGAAGUGAAAUUAUGUGUGUGUGUAAUGGAGACCAGAGCUUUUUGCCUAACAGGUAUCCCGGAAUAACACAGGCAGCUCAGUCUGGGGAAUAGAAAACUGUGGCCUUUGCUGUUGCUUUCUCAUGGCAUCAUCUUCACAUAAGAGAAUCCACUCCAUCUCUCUGAUGUUUAACUCGGAUAUGCUGGGAAUUUUUCUAAGUUCCAAGAGUCAGUGAAUGUCCCAACAUGGUACUGACUUGUUUAUAGUCUAACUGGGAAAGGAAAUGGCAGAUUUAAUAAAAUGAGUUUUUCUUUGAA